GAGAACGUAAACCACAGUCCCCGCCCAAAACAAACAACAAGGAAGAAAUCACAUAACUGGCACAAAUCUAGGGAAUCUUGUCAUUCAUAUUUCAUCUCCAUGGCCCCAUUGGCAAUCAUAGUUAGUUCAGUUCAAUCAGACACCGAAGGCUUCCGUCCAGGAACAAGGAUCUCGACCAGUCCGUCGUCCUCCCCGUCGCUGCUAUCAUUCUGGUCAUCGCCGUCAUCGUCAAAGGGGGACGCCCCGGCCCGGGACCGUCGGAAGGUCUUGUACCGUUCUGCGCCCAGGUCGGGAUACCCCAGGGACUCGUUCAUGAUGGCUUCGUCUUCCUCGUCUGACGAGUCAUUCAUGCCUGACCCGCCGGACGGUCCGACCAUCUCGCCCAUGUCGUCAUCGUCGUCGUCGUCGACUUCUAGGGGGGCGCGCCCCUUGCCCCGGGCGCGGGCGGAAUCGUCCUCCCCGUCGUCGGAAGAGUUCGAGGACAAGGAAUCUGGAGGGCUGAAUCCGGAUUCCGCGAAGGGAGGAGAGGAGAAUGGGGCAUCCUUGGACAGGUCGGUCGAGGGGAAUGCCGCUCCCGCUGGGGAACUUUGCCCGUCAGCGUCGUCGUCCAACCCUGCAAUGACAAAAGGAUUGGUAUGCCAUUGGACAUCCGUGCCCUGGGGGUUCGAAUGCUCGGAGACGCGGUCCUUGUCUUCGCCGUCGUGCUCCCCGUUUUCGGCAGCCUGUGCCUUCUGUUUUGCUAAUCGGGCAGCGAGCUGGCGCCGCGCGCGAGACGGUCCGAGGCUCAGAGGAGCGGGAGGCGGAGGAAGAAUCGGGAUCGGCUGGCUGGUGGAGUUUGUCGAUGCCUAUGGGGAUGUACGGUCAGCAACAAUUCAGUCAUUCGCAUACAUGCUGGCUGUCGACACACUAUGCAACGCGGACAAAAACACAUCACAAUUGGAAAGAAAAACAAUAUAAGUACCAUGCAUUGAAAUCACAUUGACAUCGCUCAAGGGCACAAUACAAAACAAAAUUUCAGGCAUGCCUAAAAUGACUAGCAAAUACCUGGACACAACCAAGGGAAUUGGAAGUUUAAAGCAUGGCGUCAUAUGAGAAUGGAAGAACUGUGGAUUCAAUGCUCUAGAUGCAUA